AUGGCCUCGACACCUAGACACAACAAACAAGGCAGGAAGGGUGGCCAGGAGCCUGUUCGGUAUGUCCUCAAUAUCGUCGUCUGCGAUGCCAAAGCUCAGAUUGCUCGUCGACCUAGCCGUGCUCCUGCCUGGACAGGUGCCAGAGCUUCACCCACUUUCUCACCCUCAAACACACCCAGACCCCAGAGCACACAGUCCCCAAGCUCUUCUGCCAACUUCCCCUCUCUUGGCCAGGCCAAUGGUGGUAUUCGUUCCGAUCCGCCUCGUGACCGUGUUCUCCAGUCUUUGGCUGGCUUGACGGGUAUGACAGUAACGCUCUUAACAAAGACAGGCCAGCGAUACGAAGGCACCGUUUCCUCCACAUCCAACGAAGGCGAUACCACCGGCGUCACUCUCAAGGAUGUCAAGGAAAUCUCAAAUCCCGGUGCACCACUCAAGGAUUCCUUGUUCAUUGCAUCCACCAACAUCGAUUCCUUUACUCCAGGUGCCGCUGAUGUCAAGCCCCCCAACGGUGAUUCUUUCAGGACUGACACCGAAAUCAGUGGCAAGAAGGCUCCAGCUCGUGAGCGUGAACUUAAAGCUUGGGCUGAUGACGAUACCCCUGGAUUGCCUCCUGUUAACGACGACGAUACCUUUGGCCCAAAUGCUUCGGCUGGCAACUGGGAUCAGUUUAGCGCCAAUGAAAAGCUGUUUGGCGUCAAGGCGAGUUUCGACGAGAAUGUUUACACCACCAAGCUCGAUCGCAACGCCCCCGACUUCAAGGAGCGGGAACGCAAGGCUAUGCGGAUAGCCAACGAGAUUAUGGGAUCUGCCGCCAAUAACCCUCACAUCGCUGAAGAGCGCGGCCUCAUCGAUGACAGUGGUAUCAACGAAGAAGACAAGUACGGUGCUGUUGUUCGCGGUGCCAACGCAUACAUCCCGCCUGCGCGUCGUGCACAAGUGCAGCAAACCGCUGCCGCCCCGGGCCCUCCUGGCCCUGCCCCUGCCCAAGCCCCCGCGAAGGCGCCCGAGAUUCCCAAGGUGUCAGUCAACGGGCCUGACGGGAAUGCUGUUGCGCCUGCCAAAGCCGCUUCCCCCGCGCCCGGCAACGCCACCACAAACAAUGCUAACAAGCCUCCCGCAGACCCUUUGCCCGCCUUCCGCGAUUUCGUCACGAACGAGAAACAGCGUCUCAACCAGAAGAGACAGGCCCUUGUCAAGAACGAAAUGGACAAGCGUAUGGCUGAAUUGGUCAAGUUUAGUCAAAGCUUCAAGCUUAACAAACCCAUUCCGGAUGACCUUGUGCCUAUUCUCGCCAAGGACGAAGAGAAGCAGAAGGCGAUUCGCGAGAAGGCCAACCGGGAUGCAGCUUCUGCACAGGCGAGGGCCAUCGGAGCCUCAACUCCCACUACCGCUUCUCGAGGAGUUUUGGCGGGCAACAAAAUUAAUGCCAAACCCGCCGUCGUUCCUUCUGUUAAACCUCUUCCCGGUAACCUGAGCCAAACUACAUCGUCGUCUGCUGUUCCCAAGGCCGCUGGCACCACUGCCUCCUCAUCUUCGCCCGCUGUCAAGUCUUCUGAGGCCACUCCCACAACCACCAAGAAGAUCAGCAUGGUCAUUCAGCCCAUCCCUCCUUUCAAAGGCCCCAAGAAGGCUACGGCGGCCACUCCCUCGACAAACGGCUCGACCCCUCUCUCUCCUGCUACUGCUGCCAACCGGCUAAACGUCAACGCGCCUUCGUUCAGAGUAAAGGGUUCCGUAUCUCCCAGUCUCAGUUCUGCCUCUGCCUCUGCAUCUCCCAAGCCUAAAUCUGAAUCUGCCCCCGCUACGCCAAACCCAUUCUUUGGUAACCGCCCCAUCAAGAAAAACAUUCCCGUUAACGUCAAGGACGACUUCAACCCCUUCAAGCACAACAAGGUCGCCGACGCGUCUCAAGUUGCUGCUGUGUGGCCAUACAGUGGCAAGCGCUACAUGGCAAUGUAUCCUCCUCAACAUCCUCCUUCGCAGCAUCCUCCCCACAUGAAUGCCCCGCCCGUCCCCUCGCCCAUGCCCCCUCCCUCCUACGAGGAAGACUCUGCCGCUCAAGCUGCUGCGGCCGCCUCCGCACGUGGUUAUGUCUACGCUUAUCCUCCUUACGCCUAUCCCGGCCAGCCUAUGAUGCCCGGUAUGCCCCCUCCAGGACCCCCUGGCGCAUUCAUGCCUGGUCCCUAUAUGCAACCCAUGCCCUACCCGCCCGGUAUGCCUCCCCCAAAUGCUAUGUAUUCGCCUGGAAUGGCGCAGAUGCCCCCCCAUCAAGCUUAUAUGCCACCGCCCCCUGGCGCUUAUCCUCCUCCUCCUCCGCCUAACGGUGCAGGCCCUCGCCCUUCGAUGCCCCCCACGCCCAUUCCCACCCAUGCCCACCCCUACUACCACCAAAGCCCUCAGAUGCAACACGCCGUCCCGUAUCCCAUGAUGAUGCCACCCCCUCCUGCCGUGCCGGGCCCACAUCCAUAUGACGGCCAAGCGCCUCCUCCACCUGUGCAAAUGGGUGGACACGCAUGAUCUAUGACUGGCUUUCACCUCUGACUUCUUACUGGCCCGCAUUGGUGUAGCGAUAUUGUUGGAAGGGGUUUCUUUAGGUAGUUUUUGUAGCUUUUUAUGUCUCACCACACCGUGCUUCGUCUCGACACACAACACACCACCGCUUUACGCUUUCUGUGCCAAACCUUUGGUGUCGAGUUUCGGCCCGCCCUACACCUCAUGUCUUGUCGGUUCAGUUUCGCAUCUACCCAUUCUUUUGUUGUACUACCUUCGCUGUUGUACGAUACCUCGCAUGUUCGAAUGUGAUCUGGAUUGACAGGCG